GUUAUAAGGAUAUCUAAUUUUAAUUUGUUUUCAAUAAAGAAUUUGUGUUUUUCAUUAAAAGUAAUUACACUUUAAAAAUGAACAUUUUACCAAAGAAAAGGUGGCAUGUACGUACUAAGGAAAACAUUGCUCGUGUACGACGUGAUGAAGCAAAAGCUGCAGAAGAAGAAAGACUUAAACAAGAACGAAUUCAAAAAGCAGAAACUGAAGCUAGAAUUAAUCUUUUGAGAGAGAAAGCCAGAUCAAAAUACGAUGGACGAACAGAAGCAUUGAAAAGUGAUACAGAUGCCUCAUCUUCAAAAUGGGAUCAUGUUAAUUUUUUUGCUGAACUUGAACAAGGAAAACUUGAUUAUAAUAAACCUAAUGCAGAACAUGAAAAAGAAAAAAAAGAAGAAAAAGAAAAGUACGAGAAACAGAUUGGAUAUCUUACAUAUCUUGGACAAGAUACUAAUGAAGCAACAGGUAGGAAAAAUUGGUAUGAAGAGUUACCUGAAAGAUUGAGAGACACAGGAAAGGAUGUAGAAGUACAAGUUGAAAAAAAGACAUUACAUGAUCCCAUUCAUGAUAUAAAGAAAUAUUUAAAUAUAAUGGGAUCUGGCUCUAUAGAAAAAUGUAUAAAAAUUAGAACAGGAACUAUUAAAAGGAAAAGAGAUGAUUCAGAUGAAAGUGAUGAUUCAGAUCACGAAAAAUUUUCGAAAAAACACAGACAUAAAAAAUCUAAAAAACAUAAGAAACAUAAAAAUAAAGAAAGACAAAAUGUAGAAAAGCCGAGUAUAGAUGUAGAAAAGUUAAGAGCAGAGAGAUUGUUAAGAGAACAAACUGAGAAAUUAAGGACAGAAGCUUUAUUGGCUAAAUUGAGAGGAGAUCCAGUUCCAACAGUAGCACCAAAGACUCCUCCCAAAUCCAUUAUCAAACAAAAAUAUAAUUCACAGUUCUUCCCUGAAAUUGCUAGACAAAAUGCUGAAAGAACUCCUAGUGUACAUCCAAUGAGAGAACAGUAAAAUGUAAGUUGCUUUUUAUUUUAUAAUUACAUGUAUUUCUUUUAUUGUGCUAAUAUUCAUUAUUACUACAAUUAUGUAAACAUCCAUAUACAUAUGUAGAUAUUUGUAUAAAAUUUCAUAACAUCUAUGCUUAGUAUCUAAUACAUUAAGUCAUUUGUAAAAUAUAAAAUAUAACACAAUAUGGUAUAUAUAUAUUUCUUAAAUAGUACUAUUUUAUAAAGCGCAAUAAAAUACAAAUAAAAAGAAAAAAAAA